CUUCAAUUAAUGAUAAUUUUUCGCAUCCUGGGUUGAACUUCAGGGACUAAUUUUAUCGAUAAAAAAAAAACGUUUGGAAGCAUUGCCAAUGCAUUGAACAACGUUGAAAAAACAUUCUAAAACGUUGGAAAAACAUUUUAAAACGUUGAAAACAAUUGCCUGCGUUUGAAGGAAAACGUUGUAAAUGCGUUGAGAAUCAUUGGAAUCCGUUUCAAUGCAUUGUAAUGCAUUCAAAAUGCGUUGAAAUGCUUUUCAACGCAAAUUUCAUUAAGCCCGGUUUUCCCAAAUAGGGUCACAUAUACUAGAAUCACUAGUCCUGGGGGUUUUAUUCCUGGAACCCAGGAGAGUGUCAUCAAAUUACGAAACUUACAAACAGACCUCCCCUUCCCCUCCCCCUCCCCCCUCCACGUGCAUUUCUCCUUAAAUUCCCUAGCUGGUAAUGACAGCUCUCCUUUCCAGAAGUUGAGAAUAGAGUAUAGUUACUUUAAGCAGGAUCUGAAAUUGGUUUUUAAAGUAGGCUGCCCAUUGGACAACCACCUCUUCAGAUGUAGGUGUUCAAGGUGAAAAUCCAUGGCCAGUCUUUCACUGUGACUGAAACUUUUGAAGCUGUCAGUUUCAUUGACGUUUCAAGGCUUUUGGCUAUGUUCGAGUUUCCUUGUUUAUGCUGACCAAAACUUCUGAGUCUCUCUGAGUCUGCCUUUCUAAAUCUCUCAAAAAUAGAGCAGUUAUUAUGUUAUACCAUUUUUUCAAGACGUUGGCAGCUUGAUUUAUGGCCAUCCAGUGGGUAACCAUUUUUUUACAAUUUGCUCAUCACUGUCAAAUUCUGGUCUAUUCUGACGACUGAUUGACUGUGAAUUUCAGACACCGUUUAUGGUGAAGAAGCUAGUUAAAUCUAUCAAAUUAGUUACAUGUUACAUUGUACUUCGAGCCACUAAUCUUUUCAUCUUCUGUCUAGAAAUCCAAUUCAACCACUAAGCCAAGCAGCACUGCUAGCACCCAGAAAUCAACUAAUGCAACAUCUACAGCUCAAUCUGAAGGUAUGGAUAUAAUAAUAUUACCUUAAUUUAAACAAUCAAUAUUGAGAUAACCAACUGGUUGGAAAAUUUUGUCCAUCACUGUUUGAAGGUAGCCUAAAUGUGAGUCUCAAGAGCAACCAACCUCAAUUUUCUCCCAACAAUAUCCUUUGAUUAUCAAUAGCAAAGGUUAUGAGAAUUAAGAAAAUGAUCACCUUUAGGAAACUGCUUUGAUCUUUUAUCAAAUUCUCUCAACUAAAUCUGUUCAGAAAUGUAUGGGUAUUAGUGCAGAGAAUUUGUAUGUGGAUAUUGGGGCUUAAACACAAAAACCAUGAACACCAGAAAUAUUUAUGGAAUAUUAUUGUGUUGCGUGAAAUAAGCCAAUAAGGCGCGGGAUAACUAAACCGCAAACAGCAACAGUAAUUAGUUUGUGGUUUUGAGGUUUGCUUGCGUAUACUGAACUUUAUUGUGAUUGGCUAGUACACAAUCAACAUUCCUGAAAUUUUUUGGGUGUUCACGGUUUUCUGAGUUUGACAGUAAGUGCACAGGAGCCAUGCAUAAAUUUCUGAUUCUCCUUGAAAUUAUUGUUGAUGCAAAACCUCAUUUUUUCCUUUUAAUCAAAAUUAAACAAGCGAUACAUGUAAAUAUUAAUUAUCGAGAAAUUUUCAGUGUUCUCACCAGGCCGCGGCCUUGCGGGAUUCCAGCAAGAAAAACUGAAAUGGCGCAUUAAAACCAAGAAGAUGCGCCCGUUAGGGUGCAGGGGCAAGCUGCGAGUCAAACGGACUUAAGUAGUUUUAAUGGUCAACCUAACACUAAAGCAUUCUGUUUGUUUGAAUAAAUAAAAAACAUGAUAUCAAAUGAGUCAAAGUCUUUAAUUUUGUCGCCUUUACUUUCAUUGGUCCCACGCACGUCCCACUACAUCGUAAACUCCUCCUCCGAAUGGUAAACACCUCUUCCGCCAUAUUGGAUCAGGUAGGUACUUCAUGUAACAGACAAUUUGGAGUGCGGGCUCAGGUUCUUCGUACCGCGUGUUUUUUGUAACUUUGUCCCCCUAAUGUUCUUACAGGGCCCCUAUUUCUCAGAAGAGGGGGCCCUGGGACUCCCCAAGGCAAAAUCCUGGUGAGAACACUGAAUUUUGUAUUCUCCCCAAAAAGAAGAGGGAAAUACCAGUAAGUGAAAAUGUAGAAUGAAGGAUUUUGUGCGUUUAAUGCACAGGGAAUUGUGCCCAUUAAUAAUACAUGUAUUAUUAUAUUGUUGUUGUUUGUCUUUUCCAGUUUCUACAACUUCCAUGCCUCUAAAAGUCAAGAAAACCAAGGAAAAUAACCACACAACAUAUGGAUCAUUGGUGAUUGCCCUUGCUUUUGGUAUAUUGUUCUUUUUAGCUGUCUUAGUUCUCAUUGGUCGUCCAUGGUGGUACUCAUUUCAUAGGCCAAGGUACUCCAAGGUGGAUUAUUUAAUGAAUGGACUCUGAAAAAUCUUAGUCUUAGUUGGAGAGUCAUACUACUUAGUAGGAAGGCAGGUAGAUGUAGAUUUAAUUGUUGUUGAUAUUUAUUAUGUAUUGUUACGAGAGAUGUAAGUGGUGUUUGCUUUUAGGUGUUACUCUGUAGUCUCAGAAUUUAGUACAGUUGGAAACUGUAUGUUAAGUUCUUAACUUAAAGAAGGUUCACGUCAAAACAAGAAGUGGAUUUAUGUCUAAAGUACUCCUUCUUGGACUCUAAAAGUAGUUAGUCAUUAAGGUUGUGCUAUAAUUUCUUCAGCUUUUCUGGUUCGCUAGGAUCAUUAGGAUUUUGUGUACUAUGCAUUUUUCAUAAAAAAAUAAUUUUCUGUUAGUUCUUGAAACAACAAACUUAAUUUUUUCUUUUUACAUCUAAAACAGUUUUAAAAUUAUUAUCAAUAACAUUAGCACUGUAUGUUUGUCAGCUUGUUCUUAAUUCGCAAGUGGUUGGAAAAGUUUUUGGGUUUAGAACACGUGAGCCAAAUUAGUUAAAACUGGAUUGAAAAUUGUUACGGAGACAGUGGAACAGCAACCUACAUUUUAUCAGGACACAGGAAGAAGAGAAACAACGACAACAACAACAACAAUCUUUAUUGUGCUCUUGAUACAAAAGUGUAAAGACAUUAAAAGGAAAUGAAGGAAGAAACAGGACUUAGCCUGAGAAAACAGCUGACAUUUUGCAAUGUUGAACAUUACUGGUUUCUCCUAGAAAUGAUUUCUGUGGAACAACUGCAGAAAGUCUAUACUGAUGACAGAAAUUCCAUACUGAUGACGUGUCACUGCCCAGAUCUGGGUAGUGCGUUUGAUUGCUUCAAACAAAUUUUCCUCGCAGCACAACCAAUCAGAAGCACUACCCAGAUUUUGGUAGCCACAAUUAGCAAAGAAGGAAUUUCUGUGCUCGUUUCUCAGACACCAUUUCACAGGGCAACUCCCAAUAAUGUAGAUGUUCAGGGGAAGUCAAAAAUGGUACAGCUUACAGAAGAACAGUACCAAAUAACCAGAAAUUAAGAAAAUACACAGUGAGGCAAUGUUUUGUGAACAUGGUAUUUUGUUUUGAGUGUUGAGACAAUGUAUUUAUCUGCACUGUUAUGGUGAGAGUCACUAAGAAAAAGGAUAUCAUUUUAAUCAAAGGAAACCCAAAUUAAAAGCAGCUUAAUGAAAUGCUGCUGUAAAUUAAUAGUUUCAGAGGACUACAUUUCUAAGCUGAAAUAGUGUGUUAUUAACAGUCCUAAUUACUUGUAGCAACCAAUAAUUAUGUGAAUGUUAAAUGGAGUAUGAUGGAAUGGUAUGGUUAAGACUAUUCAAGUCUACAUCCUGACAUUUAAUUGUGGUGUUUAAGUGACCAAGGGCACAAGUAUAAAGAAAAUUGACUUGAGUGUAUUCAGACAAGGUAAUGUUAGGUUCUACAAAAUUAAUGUGUAUUGAGGGUAAACUUGCAGCCAUCCCUGGGGAAAAUUGCUUAACCCUUAAGUCCCAACAAAAGCAAUACAUAAUCAAAGGAAAAUCUUCUUAGAAUUAAUACAAUAAUCACCUGAUGGGAAAGGCUUUGAUAAUAUGAAAACAAAUGCUCUUAAGCAGUUCUUCAAGGAAAUGUGUGGAGAUUAGUCUGGAGAAUUUGUGUUUGGAUAUUGGGACUUUGAUAAAGGGUCAAUUUGGUUUGGGUGAGUGCAAGAUUCAAAAUGAGAGUUUGAUUUUACCAGGUCAAAAUUAUAUUCAGAUUAAACGUUUCUUAACCUACAUAAACUGUAGGUUGAUUCUCAAUUCACUUUGUCUCCUAGCCCCAAUAGAGAAUCAACCUUGAG